AAAGAUGUCAGACGACAUCGAUAAUCGUGUUAAGAACGAUUCGUAGCUCAUCCCAGCUUUUCAGAAUCCGCUCGUCACUCCGGAAAAAGGACGCGAUGUCGCCCAUGAUUUCAUGAAGAACUUGGACGAACAGUUCAAUCGCCUUGGGGAUUCCAUCAAAUACCUCAAUACAACUGUAGGGACUAGUUCAGUUGAUGGCAACAGGAUAGACUACAUCCAAAGUCUAUACGUCGCAACGACGAAAGCAAAUGACCGACUGAGCAAGGAGCUGUUCUCUUGGGAUGGAGUUCUGGACGUUCGAGGUGAAAGGGAUCGACUCCGUGGGGCAGCUAGAACCCCCCGUCUAGCUAAACCGGGUUGUCAUGUUCAGAUAGUCGACAGCAAAGGAUAUCGAAUGGAUUCUCCUUCCAACUUCUAGUAUCCUUCAGGUUCGGAGAAUGGGUAGAUUGGAUAUCAUUAUUGGAGAGAGAGGAAAGGU